CGUUCAUCCAAAGCUAACGGCUAAUGUUGACCGAGGAUUACCAUGAUGCAGCCAGCAGAGCAUCAUACUCUCGUUCUGAUACGUAAGAAUCACCAGCAGUCUGAUAGUUGUGAUUGAAUGAGUUGUGGUCAACAAUUGCCCACCAUGCCCCAGCACUCCCCAUUCAAGAUCGAGAUCCCCGCAAAAGACAUCCUAAGUUAUCUAUUCCCAGAGAACAAAGAAUCUUCAGACCAGCCAAUAUGGAUAGAUGCUGCUGAGCCAGAUAGAAGUCUGUCUCCCAAGCAGCUAUUGCAAUGGUCCAAGCGACUUGGAGUGGGCCUACAGAAGCUGGGAAUGCACGAGGGUGAUGUUGUUAUGACCUUCGCAACCAACCAUAUAUUUGUCCCUGUAGCGUAUCUGGGUGUAUCUGCUAGUGGGUGUAUAUUUUCAGGAUGUAAUCCAGCUUAUAGUGUCUCGGAGAUCGUGUAUCAAGUCGAGAAUACAGGCGCGAAGGUCAUUCUCGUGGAUCCGGCCUUACUUGGUUCCGCUCUACCAGCAAUUGAUAAAGCUAGAUUUCCACGAGACAAAGUCUUCCUGUUCAAUGACGUCGAAUGUCAAACUACUCAGGGUAUUCGGGAUUGGAGAUCCAUGAUUGGAUCUCCCGACGAAGCAAAGCACUGGACCUGGAGAGCCAUCAAUGGCGACGCAUGCGCAACAACAACUGCAGUCAUUAACUACUCUUCGGGUACUACUGGUCUCCCUAAAGGUGUGAUGAUUUCCCAUCAAAAUGUUAUCGCAAAUAUCGAGCAAUCAAUAUACAUGCGAGACCUCGAACAAGAUUAUACGCCCAAGACCAAACCCACAGAGCGCUGGCUAGGCUUCCUCCCGCUAUAUCAUGCUUAUGGCCAGCUAUGGUCCAUUGGCGCCGCCUGUAAAUUGCUCACGCCUUGUUUCUUCAUGCGGACUUUCUCCUUCUCUUCAUUUCUAUGCCACAUCCAGACUCACCGUAUAACGCACAUCCAGACCGCGCCCCCUGUCCUUGUCAUGCUCGCAAAACGCCCCGAAACCGUAUCCUACGACAUAUCCUCCCUCGUGAACAUCCUCUGUGGCGCAGCCCCGCUCUCUGCCGAACUCCAGAACGAAGUCUCAACGAAAUGUAACGUUCAAGUCGUGCAGACGUGGGGUAUGACAGAGCUCACAUGCUCCAUGCUCCACGUGCCUGGCGGUCUAGACGACCGCAGCGGCAGUGUCGGCCACAUCGACCCGAACGCGUCCGUGAAGUUGAUUUCUGAUGAUGGUCGCGAAGUCGGCGUGGGUGAGCGUGGCGAAGUACUUGUCAAAGGCCCGAACGUGUGUCUGGGCUACUGGCGCAAUGCGCAAGCAACACGAGAACUAUUUGAUGAUGAUGGCUACAUGCGCACUGGCGAUGUUGCCGUACGCAAUGAACGCGGCUGGUACUGGAUCGUCGACCGCAAGAAAGAACUUAUCAAGGUCAAGGGCUUUCAAGUUGCUCCUGCAGAGCUCGAGGCUCUACUGCUUGAACACCCUGAUGUCGCAGACGCUGCUGUGUGCGCGUUGCAACUUGAUCACGAGGAGCUGCCGCGUGGGUAUCUUGUUUUACAAGAGAAUGUGAAGGGCAGGAUGACAGAGGAGGACAUACAUACAUGGCUCAAUCAGAGGGUUGCAAAGCACAAGCGCCUCUUGGGUGGAAUCCAGUUUAUUAAUGAAGUGCCAAAGAGUCCGAGUGGGAAGAUACAACGGAAGGUGUUGAAGGAAUGGGCCGCGAAGGAUGCGCAUGAUUUCGUGAGGACGAGAGCAAGGGCAAAGCUUUGAGUCCGCACUGCAUAUAGAACAAAAGCUGUAAUUACCGAAGUAAAACAGUGAGAUAAAAGUUUCGCCUC